AAGUUUAGUGGGAGGCUCUGCUGUAAUCCUCCCUUCCAGCUGGAGCCUUCACUUGAAGAGGAAAGCAAGCAGCUCUCAGGAAAGAGUUAAGCCCAGCGAGGCUUUGGGCUCCUUUGCUGGGGAGAGGGUUGUUCUUUUGUUUGUUUUGAAGCUCUGGCAGGAAAGUGGGGAGGAGAAAAUUACCUAAGUGAUAGUGAGGUUGCCAUGAACUAUAUAAAACUGUGAAAUCAAAUCAGAGAAACUCCACCUCGCAGUCUUGAACCAUAAGCACAACCCCUGAAGAGAAACCCACCCCACAACCGAGUGAUCUCAAAGGCUUGAACCAAAACCAAGCUACAUGAGCUCAGAGCUGCUGCAGGACUGAAAAUCCAGGAGCUGUCACAGCCAGAUCCAGUUUUAGUGGGAGCUGCGAGCAGGAAUGCUGUUCUUGGGAAGUUUAAAAAUAAUGAAGUGGAGACAGCUUUUCUGGAUCGCAUUCUGUGUCGUGGAGCUGUCGGGCAAAACUUCUGGGAGCACAACAAGCAACCCCACACCCACGGCUCCAGCCACGGAAACGAAAGGCAGCAGCAGCACGGCGGCCACCGGAGCCCCCGGAGCCCCCAGCAGCGCCAAGCCGACGGCAGAGACGCCCGGUAGUCACUCCCCUCCCUCGCUCUCUGCGACCACGUUCCUGGCAACCAGCCGCACCUCCCCGGGGCUCAGCAGCAAGCGGACGAGCCCGCAGCCCAGCCAAGCCCCCACGCAGCUGCUGGGCACCCCCUCGGAGGCAGGCCACGAGAGCCAAGGGGUCCCCACAACCAAGAGCCCAGCGAUCGAACUCAGCAUGACGGCAGAAACCCCCGGGACCACGUUGGCUCCGACGAGCUCUGCUGCCACCUCGGAGCAGCCUCCUGUCUUGGCUACCACCACGCCAGCGCACACGAGCGGGGACAGCCCGAAGCCCAUUACGUGCCACAACGUCAAAGAAGUGAGCGACACUGGAGCCAUCUGCUUGCAGCUCAAAGAGUCCAACACUUGCAAACAUUUUUUAGAGGGGAAGGGAUCGGACUUAUGGAGUGCAAUAUGCGAAGAGAGCGCCCACCGCGUCCCCUCCCCCUGCCAGAUUAAACUCGCUAAAUCCGAGGUGGACCGUGACUGCAUGCUGCUCGUCCUCGUCGGUGAGAGAGAUCCUGCUACAGAUAUACUCCAGGAGUCUCACUGGGAAAAGUUGGGAAUAAAAUCCCUUAAACGGGGGAAUGUGAGGAACCACCAGGACUUUUCUCAGAAGACCCUGAUCGCCUUGGUCACAUCUGGACUCCUGCUGGCGUUCCUGGGCUUGGCUGGAUAUUACCUGAUGAAGCGGCGGAGCUGGAGCCCCGCGGGAGAGAGGCUGGCUGAAGACCCGUAUUACACGGAAAACGGUAGCCAAGGGAACACGAUGUUGAUGAUGCCCCCCCAAGAGCAACCUGAGCUGCAGGAGAAGCCAAACCUCAACGGUGGGACUCAGGAGAACGGCACUGGCCAAGCGUCCUCCAAAAACGGCCACUCAGCCAGGCAGCACAGCCCCGCCGACACGGAAAUGUGAACCGGGCAGAGAAGUGCAUCCUUAGCGUGCGCUAAGAGGGGAGCGGAAAGGAGCGAGCGAGCGAGAGUUGUCUACGGACAGUUAGGGAAUUGCAGAACUUUUUUUUUUUUUAAUUAUUAUUUCUGUGAAAAACUUCGAAAUCAGCCUAAAGCACGUCAAGCGCCAGAGCUGCCAAAGACCUGCUUCUCUGCCUCCUCCUAUUGCUCCCGCUGACCACACAAGCCACUCUUUCACAGCUGUUUUCUGCUUUUGUGGUUAGAAGAACAUAAUGAGAAAUGCAAGUGCCCUUAGCCCUGAAACAGCUUUUAAGCAGAGGCAGAUUGAAGCUACAGAAGCCUUGAGCCAGACCCCAAACAGGCAGAAUUUCUGGUGGCAGCGUGUUAGGCUGAUUAAAAUAGUUAAAUUGGGAUUUCAGUGACAAAAACCUCUCAGGUUUCAGAUCAUUUUGGUUAACAGAGUUGUUUUUUAUCUCAUCUUUAUGUUUAAGUGCAGGAUUUCUUCCUCCUUUAAGAACAUCAGGCAUUUAAUCCCCCUUCUUGUGCUUUAUGUCUUCUUUAGCGUUUCCUACUACAGCAGAAUUUGCUGAAGCCCUGUGUAAAACUUUCCAUGCGGAACUGAAGGUUUAAAUGUGAACAGACCUCAAACUUGUUUCUUUUUUAACCCUACCAGUACGCAGGUAGUUGUUGUAGAGUAAAAUCUUCCCCGGUCUCUUCAUGCCAGGGACUGGAGACGGCGUUCGACGGGGCCAUCUCUCUCAAGUGCGGUGGAGGACACUGGGUACGGGCGCGGAGGGCGCUGCGCGCCCCUGGGGCUGGCAGCCCCAUCACGGCCCCCCGACACGCGGCGAUUGUGCCGAGGGUAGGACCUGGGGAACGAGAGGUGCCAAAGGGCUCCCAGUGGGACGAGCGCUAGACAGAAACGUGGCUCCGUGGUGGGUGUUUCUCCCUCUGCAUCAGCAGGGGGUACAUGGACAAAAAAGAAGUAUUUUCGCUUUGGUAAGGGAAGGCCAACACCAAAACCCCAGCAGCGGGAGCAGGUCCUACCUAGCUCUGCACUGAUCCCGCUCCCGAGGCAAGCGGUGCUGCACGCCGCAUCCCAGGGCUGAGCUACGCGCCGCUCGGGGAGAGCCAGGGACCAGGGGCAGGUUUGAGCUCAGUCCCAAGCAAGGGCAGCUCGUUUGCAGAGAGCCGCAGGUGUCGUCGUGCAAGCCCGGUGCUGGUGCGAGCCCGCGAGAGGCCGCAGUUCGGAGCAGAACCUCUGCUGGCACCGGCAGUGACGGCCACGUCCAAAAUAAGGACACGAAUGGCCCUUGAAGCUGAGCUACUCCCUUGAUACUGAAUUUAUCACAAUUUUUCUCAAUGCUGAGCACCUGAGAGGAAGGCUUUUUUUUUUUUUUUUGGUACAGCGCUUAAAGGAAUGACAGCAACGUCGAUCAUUAUCUGGGGCUGUUUGCGUGGGUGCAAGAGUCAUUUAAACAUGGUUUAAAAUGUUUCAGGUUUUGUUUGUUUGGGUGUGAAUCGCUUCUCCCAAAUCUCAUUGUAAAUAAUCCCAGUUGAAAAAAAAAAAAAAAAAUGGAGUAUUAAAAAUCAGCUAUUCCGUUG